UUGUGGGUUCAGAGCUGCCAGAGCACCCGGCUCCACCACCUGAGGACACUCAGCCUCAACCCAGCCGCCUUCUCGAGGCCACACAAGUCCACCAGGCUCCCUACAGCUGCUGCCAGCAUGGCUGAGCUUCCUGCUGCCCUGGGGAAAGGAGAUGACCUUGAACAGAAGAUUCUGCAGGUACUGAGGGACGCUAGCUCCCCUGUGAAGACUGUCCAGCUGGUGAAGGAAUGCCAAGUGCCCAAGAAGGAGCUCAACCGAGUCCUCUACCAAAUGAAGAAGGAGUUGAAAGUCUCCCUCGAGUCCCCAACAACAUGGUCUUUGGCCAGGGGUGGGCCUGAAGGUGCAGCUCCCACAGAGAUGGCCCAGCCCAACCAUGCUGAGCAACAGGAAGGCACAGUUGCAACCCCAGAGCAGCCUGGCCCUGGGCUCAGUGAGCGACAGGCAGAGAUCUUCAGGUAUCUGAAAGACAAAGGGCCCCAUAACGCCCUGGCCAUUGCACAGGCCCUGGGAAUGAGGACGGCAAAAGAGGUCAACCCAGACUUGUACAAGAUGAAAAACAAGCACCUUCUGGACUUAGACGAGAAGUCAAAACUGUGGACAAUUUAUCGACCAGAAGAUUCUGGAAGAAGAAAUCAGUCUGCUGAAGUUAUUUACCAGCAAAACGCAGUCAAUGUCUUCUACCAGAAGGAACCACACAGCCAGAUUUUCAUUGCAAACUCUAGCAACACCCAGAUUGGACAUGGGAAUACCAUAACAACACAAGUAGCCUCUGGGGAAAAUGGUCCUAUAGCUCCGCCACACCUCCCUCCAAUGGUGCCAGGUGAUUCUUCAACUCCGAGUGCCUGGAGCCCCCAGGACAUCCGCCUGGAACAAUCCCUGCUCAGACGGGUACAGCUGGGACAUGGCAAUGAAAUGAACCUCCACGGCAUCCCAUCUGAAGGCCAGAGACGUACACUCUCAAGAAGCCCCCCAGUUUUUGCCACUGCUGAUAGCCCAGAAGCUUUGUUUGAAGUGAGAAUGCCUGGACCAGGGCCUCAGCACGAGGGGGACGCAGUCCAGAAAGUCAACAUCAAGAAUUGCCUCCUUGAGGAUGCCUGUAUCGGCAACAGCAACAGAAUGACCGUCCAGCCAGGGGCAGGAGGAGGCGCGGGGUCUGGAGAUGCUGACCCUGUUCAUGAAGCUUCACGACCCAGAAGCCGUUUCCCCCAAGACGCAGGCCAGGCUGCCCAUCAGUACAGCACAACGCUCAGCCCCUCGAUGAGAGCUAUGAGCCUGGGAGAAAGAGACCCUGGAACUGGAGAACACAGCUGCAGGACAGGCAGAACCCCAGACUUGGGGAGCCAGUGAGAAGAUGGGGUUCAGAAUGGACAGCCUCAAUGAGCCAACCUCGCUCAGAAAGAGGCUGGGGACAGGUGGAUGCUGCCAGCCCUGGCCUGGUGCUCUCUGACUCCAUAAACCUUUGGUGACCUGCUUGCUUCCUGCCCUCUGGCCAUCUUGUAACCCCCAGGCCUGGGGUCCCUCCCUUGAGUUGCCUUCCACUGUGGCUGCCUGCUGUGGUUUGAACGUUCAUGUUCCUACAAAGUUCAUGUUGAAACUUAACCCUAUUCCAGUAACAUUAAGAAGUGGAGGCAUCUGGGAGGUGAUGAGGUCACCAGACUUCAUCCCAGCAGUUCUCAACCUGUGUGUCGCAACCCCUUUUGGGCCAAAUGACCCUUUCAUAGGGAUCU